AUGCAAGCUCGCCGAAAAAUCGAUUAUAAUGGAGAAGAGGAUCUGAAGCGUAUGGAAGCCGAAAUCAAUCGAAAACCCAAUGAAGAGAUCCUAGAUCACAACCGAAAACGACACGUUGAACUGAAAUGCGCGGAAUUUGAGAUGCUUUUGGAGGACAAAGGUUUCGAUGAAGAUGAGAUUGAGCAAAAAGUGGGAGAAUAUCGAAAGAAGCUUUUGGGACAAUUGGAAAGCGGUGAAUUGGAUGUGGAUAAAGAAUUGGAUACUAGAGAAUCACAUGCGAGACGAAAAGCUGCGGCGAUGGGAAGAGAAAAGAUGAGAAAUGCUUUGGGAUUGGGAGAAGAUUAUGUUGCCGGAAGUUCGAUGGCGAAAAUGAAUAAAAGUGAUAUUGUUGGAGCAACUCUUGAAGCUGAUGCGAAUUCGAAAACUGGAGCUGAUCAGAAGGAAGGUCUUCUAGAAGCUUUGAAGAAUCAUCAGAAGAAAAAAAAGAAAGGAAAGGAGGAGAGUUCUUCAGAUUCGUCUAGCUCUUCUACUUCUUCUUCAGAAUCUUCAUCGGAGGAUGAAAAAGAGCGUAAAAAGAGGAGAAAGAAGAAGGAAAAAGCUCGAAAGGAAAUGGAAAAACGUCGGGAGAAUACACGGCGAAAGGAGAGAGAAUUGUGAGUUUUUAAAGUGAUUUUCAGAGCAAAAACCCUGUGUUUUCAGGCUGAACGAAUCAGAAAUCAAGAAGGAAAUUACUGAUGAUGAAGAUGUGCGAACUCCACCGAGAAGACAUCGAGAAGAAGAGGAGGAUGUGAAAGAUGUUCGGAAAAUUGAGGAGACUUCGCGGAGAAGAAGAUCGAGGUCGAGAGAGGAUCGUAGAAGAGAAAGAUCUAGAGAGACUUCCAGGAGAAGAGAGAGAGAUCUAGAACUCCGGAAAAGCGAAGAAGAUCUAGAAGUCCUGAAGUUUCUAAGAGAAGGGAGAGAUCUCCAGAAGUUUCGAGAAGACGUGAAAGAUCUAGAUCUCCAGACGUUUCGAGGAGAAGAUCCAGAUCUCCUGAAGCUAGAUCAAGAAGAGAAAGAUCACCUGAAGCUUCUAGAAGACGUGAAAGAUCUCCAGAAGCUUCCAGAAGAAGAUCCAGAUCACCUGAAGUUUCUAGACGAAGAGAGAGAUCUCCAGAAGUUUCGAGAAGAAGAUCAAGAUCUCCUGAAGCUAGAAGACCUAGAAGAUCAAGAUCUCGAAGUGAGAAGCGUAGAAGACAUGACUCAAGUUCGGAUGAGGAUAGAACUAGAGCCAAGAAAAAGAAGAUUGUGAGUUUUUCUAAUUAUAAGCCUGAAUUUCGAAAAAUUCUAAUUUCAGGACGACGAAAACAUCGAUGGCGUUCCGAUCAAACUCGAAGAACCCGACAGCGAUGAUGAUCAGACAAAUCAACGUGUGAAUCCGAAUCGAUCUCCGGUCCACAAUCCACCCAAGAAAUCUCGAAGAUCCCGAAGUUCCAGCUCCUCUGGAAGUGGCUCUGGAUCUUCAGAUUCUGAUUCUGAUGGAAGUUCGGGCUCAUCUGGAUCGAGUUCUGGAAGUUCGAGCUCAUCGGAUUCAGAAUCGGAUUAA